UUCAUCCCGUCCCACCCCACCACCUCCCUCCGUUCUCUUUCACUAAGUUGAUUUGACGUAAUCGAAAAAGAAGAAACUAUAAAGAACAUGAACGAUCGCGCUUCAUCAUUGGUCGAAAUCAUAUCUAUAGUAAUACGAUCACGUAUAGUAUCAUGGAUAUCUAUUCUUUAAAUUAAAUCAUUGUUCUUUCUUUCCUCGAGAUCGAUGAUAUUUUAAUCAAUAAACGUUGAAUGCGUGCAGAUUUAUUGUGCGUAUAUGUGCUCGUUACAUUUGCCAGGCUAAGAUCAUUCGAAAAGAAAAAGAAAAAGAAAAAGAAAAAGAAAAAAGAAGAGAGAAAACAAAAAAUUCAACAGAAGAAUUCAAAAGGAGAACGUAAUAUAAUCGUCGAGAAAUAUCUCUUACGGAAAUUGUAUUAAGCCUACCCAUCUCCCCUUCUCCCGGGCUCCCUCCCCGCUCUCCCCCUUAUGUGCGCGUUCGAUGACCUUGAACAAAACUAUCGACUCUGGUGUAAGAAGAGAAAAAGAGGGAAAUAAAAACGGCGAAGGGAGUGGGGGAAGGCGACGAAGAAAAAACAAAAAAAGAAGAGAGAAAAAGAAAUAAAAGGAAAAAGAAAAAAAAAAAAAAACUAGAAGAAAAAAGAAGAGAAAAGAUAUAUGCAUAUAUAAAAUAAAAAUUAACACGAUAACGUACGAAACGCGACAUUCCUUAUCGAGCAGAGCGAGGGAUUCCCUAACAACUGUUUUCGUAUGGCCGUUCGGACGAUUAGAAGCAGCUUGAGAAGCGUGCGUAUCAAUUGAAUCGUUUGACCCGUUUUUAUUGGCAAGUCGCAGGAACGUGCGUUGGUCGUCGACGGGACGGUUGCCAGUAAAAGCUCAUUCGUCCGCUAUCGAGUGUGUGUGUACUUAUCUCCCUUUCUCUCUCUCUCUCUCUCUCUCUCUUUCUCUCUCUCUUUCUCUCUCUCUUUCUUUCUCGAGUUGGAGUGCCGCGCGAAUCUUCGAAAAAUGUGCUAGCCCCGUCUAAAACACUUUCUAAUAAAACAAUCUUAUUAUAAUUCGCAAAAUUUGUCUGCGACGUUUUCAAAAUUCUAUCGGGAAUAUCGUACUUCGAUUAACGUCGAGGAACUCAUUUUUUCUUUUCUUCCGUCGAAUAGUUCGCGAAGAGUGACUUUUUUUUUAUUAAUUCUCAUCACGGAUAUAUAUAUAUAUAUAUGUAUCUUGAAAAAUUUUGUUCAACUUCGAUCUACGUAAAUAUAUUGAUUUAAACGCGUGGAAGCGUUCGACACGAGCGAACGACCUCUUCUUCAUCGCAAACGUCAUCUUCAAGUGAAUCUUAUUGUCUCCUUGAUCUUUGGAUAUGGUCAAAGAAACAUCAGAGGAGGAUAAAAUCUCAACAAUAACCGGUAAUGUCAACGUCGAUGAACCUGCCGAAUAUGAAAGAGCUAUUUCGGUUACUGGCUUUGGACUGUUCAACGUAUUACUCUUCAUGGCGGCAUUGCCGAUAGCAUGGACCGGUGCCUUUGAUACAACAUCACCCGCAUUUAUUUUAGCAUCUGCCGAAUGCGACCUGCAACUGACAUUUUUUCGAAAAGGACUACUCAUUGCAUUUCCCUUCAUAGCAAUGCUGGCCACUGCUUCGUUGUGGGAUUACGUGACGAUUUACGUAGGCAGAAGGACCUUGUUCGUUCUUGGCUUACUAGCGGAUUCCAUCCUAAAUAUACUAAGCACUGCUGUAGACUCGUAUCACGUGUUCUUACUCAUUAAAUUUAUCAGCGGUGUCAUAGCUGGCGGUCCACCCUCGAUGGUGAUGGGAUACUUAACAGAAUUUCACUCUGCAACAUAUAAACCACGUUUCGCCGCCUGGUCUGGUUUUCUGUUUUCCAUGGCAACUAUCGUACCAGCAGCUUUGGGCUUUACUAUAUUACCCUUAGAAUGGGUAGUCGAUGUAUUUGGUAAAAGCUAUAACAGCUGGCGAAUUUAUUUACUUCUUUGUUCAAUACCACCUGUUCUUGGACUUGUUACUGCUAGCAUGUUACCUGAAAGUCCAAAACAUCUCAUGGAAAUUGGAAGGCAGGAUGAGGCAUUAAAAUUAUUUCGUAGAAUGUACACCAUGAACACAAGAAAACCAGCCGAUACGUUCUCGAUAAAAGCUUUGGUCGUCCAGAAGACGCAAUUAUCACGGCCGACGUUAAGGGCGAGCCUCGAAAAAAUGCGAAUCGACCUUUACAACACUAAACUCUUGUUCUCGGCGCCUUAUCUUCCAGCCUUCUCUUACGUAACUUUCUUACAAUUUGGAAGUAUGCUCGGUUUUAAUACUAUGAGAUUAUGGGUCCCACAUAUGUUCAUGAUUUUAAGUAACUAUGAUUACGAGCAUUGGAAACCUGUCGGAAGAGCUCCAACGAUAUGUGAAAUGUUGGAUCGUCAUGCCGCUAAACCAGGCAGAUUAUAUUUAAACAGUACAAACUUUGACGAUGCAUGCUUCGAGUGGAAAAUCAAUCCUGUCGUUUAUCAAAAUUCAACGAUAAUUGCAUCCUCCGCCGUUCUCUUCAGUUUCCUUAUGGGAUUUCUAAUGACGACGAGAUUACGAAAGCAAAUGAUAUUAUUUGCGGCCUUCCUGAUAUCGCUGGCAAGCAGUUUUGGAAUAAAUUGGGCACAGGCACCUCCCUAUAUGCUGACGUUAGCAGCCGCCGUUAUCGUGACAUCAAGAAUAGCGAGUAAUGUCGUUAACGCGGUGAAUGCCGACGUUAUUCCUAUACCGUUAAGGGCCACAAGUAUGAGUAUCAUCACGUCCUCCGGAAACUUAGGAGUCGCAUUGGGGAAUGUUAUUUUCUCAGCACUUCUUGAUUUCGAGUGUCUCGCAGGUUUCCUCGGUCUUGGCUGUUUUUUCAUAAUUUGUAUCAUCAUAACGUUCCUAUAUCCAAAACCGGUAAGGGCAUCGCCGCAGAGUUUAGCGUAGCACGAGAUGAUCGCACGAGAGAUUAGACGAAAAAGAUUUAUAUCUAUGAUAUAUUUUUGGAAGAAAAAAAAAAAUGAGAUACAUACACAUAUCCACAUAUAUAUUAUAUAUAUGUAUAUACA